AUGGAUUUCCCAGAUUACUAUUCAAUACUUUCUAUCCAAGAUACUCCUUCACUUACUUCUGACGAUAUAAGAAACGCAUACAAAAAAGCAUCACUCCUAACCCAUCCAGAUCGGAAAGCCAAUCUAACAGAUUCAGAAAAACGUCAAGCAACCUACGAAUUUCAAAGAGUAGCAGAUGCUUAUUAUGUUUUAUCAGAUCCUAAACGUAAAAAAGAGUAUGAUCAAUCAAGAAAAGAGUACCUUAAAACCAAUACAUUCCAAAACCAAACUCAAGACCCACCAGAACCGGAUUCACAUCAUUCUUUCUUUCAUCGAUUCUUUAGUACUAAUUCGUCGUCUCAAGCCGAAGAACGACCCGAUCCAAACGAUACAUUUUCAUCAGUUUUUGAAGAAAUGUUAAAACCAGAAGUCGAAAAAGUCACGCCGUUAUGGAAAUAUCUAGGAACAGCUUCAGGUGCAACCCUAGGGUUUAUCUUAGGAUCUAUACCUGGUUUAGCUAUUGGAUCAUUUGCAGGAAACCGUUUAGGUUCGAUCCGAGAUGCGAAAGGCAAAUCGGUUUCAGCUGUUUUCUUGGAACUUGAUUCGGUUCAAAAAGCUACGAUCCUUAAAGGUUUAGCUAUCAAAGUUUUGGGUCAUGCUUUAUCUUAA